AUGGCUAACCAGGCGCCUGCAUCCCUUGUCGAUGUGUUGACCGCCUCAGGUGGUGCUGAACCAGCCGGCUUCCUUAACGACAUCGUCAAGAACCUCUGGCCAAACAUCUGCGUUGCGGUCUCUAACAUAAUCAAAGAAACUGUUGAGCCUAUCCUCGCCUCAACUCUACCUGGUCCUCUUGGAAAUCUGCGUUUCACCAAGAUCGACUUUGGACAUAUUCCUAUUGGCUUCUCCAACGUGGACGUUCACAAGACCAAGACCGAUGGCAUCAAGCUCGACAUGGAUAUGGACUGGGAGGGUGUGUGUGACUUUGAGCUCGACGGAAAGAUGGUUCCGAAAGUGGGUGUUGAGAAGGUUCACAUGAAGGGCCGGAUCAGUGUACUCUUGUGCCCGUUGACAAACGUCAUUCCCUUGAUUGGUGCAGCACAGAUCGCCUUCCUCAACACACCAAGCCUCAAGCUUGACUUCACCGACGCCGCCAAUAUUGCCGACUUCUCUGUUAUUGACAGCACAGUCCGCAAAACCAUUCUUGGUAUCAUUGAUGGAAUGGCUGUACUGCCCAACCGCUUCCUUGUCAAGAUGACAAACGACGUCGACUAUUUCAAGGCCCACCAGCCUCACCAUGGUAUUAUUCGUAUCACGGUAGCUCGAGCAACUGGAAUUGAUACUCCCAAGAAGGGUGAGAAGAAGAGCACAAUGAGGAAACUGCUCUCUAAGGUCAAGCUGGAAGAUGUACCGGAUUGCUACGUCAAAGUCAAAGUAGGUGCCGAAGCGGAGUGGAAGACAAGCGUUGUGGAUAAUAACCACGAGCCCGAGUGGAAUGAGACGCACGACUUCUUGGUAUCAGAUUACGAACAAGACAUUUCUGUGGAUAUUCAGGAUGACGACUUAGCUGGUGACGACGACAUGGGUGUCGGCUCGACCACUGUCAAGGAAAUUCUACUCAAGGGCGGUUCGCAGGAUCUGAGCCUCUCACACAAGGGCAAUGCUACCCAGGCACGACUACUUAUACAUGCCAAGUUCUUCAAAUUUGUCACCGACGCGCAGGCUCUCUCUUCCGCCAACGCUCAAGGCCAAGCUGAGGGUCAGAUCUGCGGUCUGGCCACUGUACUCAUUGCUAGCGCCAACGGACUCCAAGGCAACCGUGACGAGCUCAACCCCAGCGUCAAGGUCACUUGGGGUGACCAGACCUUCCAAACCGCGGUCAAAACCUAUACUCCUGGCACCGAUAUCUUCAAUCCAGCCUUCGACCAAGCAUUCCGUAUCCCUCUCACUGCAGCGAUGUUGGCGAACCCAGGAGCAUUCAAAAUUGCGCUGCUGAACAAGGAGGUGGAGUUUGGAAGUGCGCAAGUGGGUUUCCAAGAUGUGAUGGGUGCGGAGGGUAUGGCCAUACGGGACAGUUUCGAUGUCGGAAACGGCGCCCAGGUUCGAGCUGCGAUCAUGCUGAACGGUGUCAAGUUGGCCGAGUAA